AUGCUCUUUCCUGGAGAAAAGCUUUUUAAUUCUCUCCUUCGUGACUGUCUCAUUUCAUUUUACAUGCUCUUUUCCUGGGAGAAAGGCUUUGUUCCUCUCCUUCGUGGACUGUCUCAUUCAUUUUACAUGCUCUUUCCUGGAGAAAAGGCUUUAAUUCCUCUCCUUCGUGACUGUCUCAUCUAUUUUACAUACUCUUUUUCCUGGAGAAAGGCUUUUAAUUCCUCUCCUUCUGUGACUGUCUCAUUCAUUUUACAGGCUCUUUCCUGGAGAAAGGCUUUAAUUCCUCUCCUUCGUGACUGUCUCAUUCACUGUCUCAUUCGUGACUGUCUCAUUCAUUUUACAUGCUCUUUCCUGGAGAAAGGUUUGAAUUCCUCCUUCGUAUUGUCUCAUUCAUUUACAUGCUCUUUCCUGAAGGCUAAUUCCUUCGUGAUGUCUCAUUCAUUUUACAUGUUCUUUCCUGGAGCAUUAAUUCCUAAUGACUGUCUCAUUUUAAUUCCUGUUUUAAUUCCCUCCUUCGUAACUCUUCAGCACUCUUUUUGUGCUCUUUCUGGAGAAAAGCUUUGGUGUUCCUUUCCUCAGCGUGACCGUCUCAUUCAUUUGUGGAUGUCUUUUCUCCUGGAAAACUUUAAUUCCCCCCUCCUUCGUAUUGUCUCAUUCAUUUUGUUACUCUUUCCUGGAGAAAACUUCAAUUCCUCUCUCUCUCUCUCUCCAUUCAGAGACUGUCUCAUUCAUUUUAUGCUCUUUCCUGGAAAACUGAAUUUCCUCUCUCUCCUUCGUAUUGUGUCUCAUUCAUUUCUUUCUUUCCUUGAAGGCUUUAAUUCUCUCUCCUUGUGA